AUGUCUUUCGCACGCCUUGCCCUUCGCCCUGCUGCCUUUGCUAGCCGCGGAUUUGCUACUUCCGCAGUUGCUGCUAAGCAUGUGCUUCCUGACCUGCCGUAUGACUAUGCUGCCCUUGAGCCCGCAAUUUCGGGGAAGAUCAUGGAGCUUCAUCAUGCCAAGCACCACCAAACAUAUGUCAACUCCCUUAACGAAGCCGAGGAGAAAUAUGCCACCGCAGUUAAUUCCAAGAACGUCAAGGCCCAAAUUGCUCUCCAUCCUGCAUUGAGGUUCCACGGAGGUGGGCACAUUAACCACUCCCUCUUCUGGGAAAACCUCGCGCCUAAGUCUGCCAGCGGUGGAGCGCCCCCUACUGGUGCCCUUGCUGAGUCCAUCAACCAGACAUGGGGAAGUUACGAAGAAUUUAAAAAGGUGGUAAAUGCUUCACUUGCUGGUAUUCAAGGAAGCGGAUGGAGUUGGUUGGUCAAGGACAAGGAGACCAAGCAACUUCAAAUCGUUACUAUGCCUAACCAGGAUCCCAUCGUUGGGAAAUAUGCGCCAUUGUUGGGUAUUGAUGCAUGGGAGCAUGCAUACUACCUCCAAUACCAGAACCGUAAGGCUGAGUACUUUAGUGCAAUCUGGGACGUUAUCAAUUGGAAGGCUGCCGAGCAGAGGUUCAAGGCAUAA